AUGAGGCCUUUCAUCGCACGCUCAGUCUUAGGCCUCGCCGGUGGCCGCUGUGCCCACAGGUCCGGCCUCUUCACCUCGUGUUCGACCGCAAGGAGCUUCUCAUCCACAGUAUAUCGACGUCAGACCGAGAGGACCUGGUCGACACCGCUGGCGAAGCAGCUCUUUGAGGCUAUUUCGACCACUGGGCCUGUCCCCUUGGCUAGCUACAUGCGCAUGUGCUUGACCGGCGACCUGGGUGGCUACUAUACCGGAGCAAUUGCCGAUGGGCGAGACCAAUUUGGCGUCAAGGGUGACUUUGUCACGUCCCCCGAAAUCUCCCAAGUCUUUGGCGAGCUGGUUGGUAUCUGGUUCAUUGCCGAAUGGAUCAACCAGGGACGCCCCAAGGCCGGCGUCCAGCUCAUCGAGGUUGGACCGGGUCGUGGCACUCUCAUGGACGACAUGCUUCGGACCAUCCAGAGGUUCCCUGCCAUGGCUGACAGCAUAGACGCUGUCUACAUGGUCGAGGCCAGUCGCGAGCUCCGUGAGGCCCAGAAGAAGCUCCUCUGUGGCCCGGACGCCACGUCUACUGAGUCCAAGGUCGGCUCUCACAGCGCCAGCAAGUACAACCACCGGCCCAUUGUCUGGACCGACACUAUCAAGUCCAUCCCUUACGAAUCUAACAGGAUGCCCUUCAUCGUUGCUCACGAGUUCUUCGAUGCUCUUCCCAUACAUAGUUUCCAAUCUACCCAAGUUGAAGCCCCUCCACCGCCGCCACCUGGCUCUCCUGCAGCCGCCAAGACGUCUUCGCCAUCUGAAAAUGCCCAGCCGACAAUGGAGUGGCGAGAGAUGAUGGUCUCGCCAACACCGCCCGGCGUCACCCACGCCGAUCUGGGAACGCCCAAGUCUGAGCAGCAUGAGCCACCGCCAGAGUUCCAGCUGAUCCUCUCCUCCGGCACCACACGGCAUUCGCGCUUCGUUCCCGAGUCUUCGCCGCGGUUCCGGAAGCUCAAGCAGACGCCAAACUCGCUCAUUGAGGUCUGUCCGGAUGCCUCUAUCUUCGCCACCGACUUCGCAACCCGAAUCGGCGGCUCCGCCCAGCACCCUAAACCGACCCCCAGCGGCGCCGCUCUCAUCCUCGACUAUGGUACUUCCGACACAAUUCCCAUCAAUUCUCUCAGGGGCAUCCGCCAGCACAAGCGAGUUAACCCCCUCUCUGCCCCGGGCCUGGUCGACCUUAGUGUCGACGUUGACUUCACUGCCAUCGCAGAGGUUGCCAUGCUCGCCAGUGACGGCGUCGAGGUCCACGGCCCCGUGCCCCAGGCCGACUUCUUGGAGCUGAUGGGCAUCCGGGAGCGGGCGGAGAUGCUCACCAAGGCACCCGGUGUUGAUACGGCCACCGCUGAAAACAUCGACAAGGCCUGGAAACGCCUUGUUGACAAGGGUCCUGGUGGUAUGGGUAAGGUGUAUAAAGCCCUAGCCAUCUUGCCCGAGAACGAUGGCCGCCGCCGACCCGUUGGAUUCGGGGGCGACGUUAACGCUUGA